AUGUAUUUACCAAGCUGCACUUAUCCGUCAAAGUCGGACUCCAUCGCUGGACCGUUUUUAACGGAGAACGGCCCGGACUACCCGGGCUCCUGUUACCCCGAGCCACGGCAACACUACCCUCCUCUUCCUCUUCCUCUUCCUCCGUGGAAAUGGACCCUGUACCAGGCGAACCAUCCCACUUCACUACAGACACCCUGCAUAACUUUACAGGGGGACACUGUGUAUCGCGAAGCUGUACCGUCCCCACAGACGAUAUUCAGCCCCGGUGAGGAAUGCUUUCUCUACGGCGCCUCUGCUCGCCGUUUCACCGAAGAGUCGCUGACUUUCCCCCGCAGAUACACCGCGUUCAAUCCGGACUCACAACUCCUCUUCCCGGCAGCACGGAACAGUGUUUUACCGCCGGUUUUCGACCAGUUGUUGGAGUACACGGAUGAAGGAUUGGAUCCGAAAGUGGAGAUUAUUCAACGGGGAAAUGAGGCGAGUCGAGCAGAGUGGACGAGCUGUGACAGCGGGGAGUGCAGCGAGGUGAAGGCGGGGACAGAGUCGUCGCUGGCUGGGGAGGAGAACGAGGAGGAUGCAGCGUUAUCCAGCAGCAGCGCAGGAGACAACUGCUAGUAAUUUUUUUUUUCUCACUCCGCAGAUCCCGGUGGGAAGAGAAAAAAACGUUGUCCUUAUACCAAGCAGCAGAUCAGUGAGCUGGAGAGAGCGUUUCUCUACAACAUCUACAUUAACAAGGACAAGCGCGUGCAGCUGGCCCGUUUCCUGCGACUGACAGAAAGGCAGGUGAAAAUCUGGUUCCAGAACAGAAGAAUGAAAGAGAAGAAACUGAAAACAGAGACGCUCCAAUACUACACAGGAUACAGCCUGUUCUGACUGGCAGAUUGAGGAGGAGUAAAGGACAGUAUUUCUCUAAUUGUUGUGCACAACUUAUCUUGGACACUUUAAAUGAAAAAACAAAAAUCCAGCCAUCAAAUGGUGAACCCCAAGGCGCAUGUCUUAGCCCCAUAUUAUUCUCAUGUGUCUAAGGAAACCACAACAACACUUAAACACAUGAUUUCCCACUCCUGAUUUUCUUCAAAUUUUUAAUGAAAAAGACACAGUAUCUCUUAUUUCCACCCUUAGAGCCAGCUUCGCUCUGAAGUCAUGUGGUUACCCUGCUGCUGCCUCAGACUCUUUUUUUGCAUCUUUUUCAUAAAGAAAGAACUCAUAUUGAACACAGAUGAUGUUGACUUGCACUGCUGACAAUGUAAUUUUGAGUUCAGGGAGUGUCACAGUGAACAUUUCUUCUAUAGCACUUUUUGUUUUAUUUUAUAUGGAAGUCAGGGUGCGUCAGAGUCAUGUUUUUUUUUUUUUUUUCAUAUUUCAGCCCAUCGUCAUGUCUUUACGUCAACCCAACAUCGGUAGGCUAAAUGACAUCAGGCCAAUGUUGUGAUUUGACGUCAGCCCAACAUCAUGAUUUUAUGUCAGUUCAUUGUUAACAUCAGUGAAUGAUGUCAUGAUGUCAGUUAAUUGUCAUGAUAUGACAUCAGCCUAACAAAAUGGAGUAACAACAGCCCUACGUCAUAGGUUGAUGUCAGUCACAUAUCAGGAUAUUACUUCAGCGCAUCGUCAGGAAAAUGACAUCAACUCAACAUCAUACAUUAAAUCAGCUCAACAUCGGGAUAUGAUGUCACCUCACAUCAUUAUAUUAUCGUCUUGUCGUUGUUGUCAAUUCUGUGUUUUUAUACUAUAAAGACUACAAUAAUAAAAAAAGAAAAGAGUCCAAUCAUACAGCUUGGUUUCCCUUUGUAUUGAGAAGUUUAUGGGACCUACUGAAUGACAUACUUUUAUUAGUGAGUCAUAAUUUCAGGCAUAUCUUUUACUUAUUUGACAAAUAUGUAUUUCUGCAUUGCAACAUUAUGUCAUUGAUUUUUUAA